GCCCUAUAAAUUGCUCCACCACCCUAUAGAACCCACACACGAUCUCUCUGUCCCAAAUUAAAAACCCCGAGUUGCCUCUUCUUCCAUUGCAGCUAGCGAUCCAUAUGGGGGCUGCCAAUAAGUGGAGCGACACUGCCAUGCUCGUCAUCGACAUGCAGAAGGAGUUCGUAGACCCGGCAAUGAGCAGCCUGGCGUUCCUGGCCGGCGGGGAGGCCAUCCUCCCGGCCGUUACCCAGGCCGUCGAACUUGCGCGGGAGCGCGGUAUCUUCGUUGUCUGGGUUGUGAGAGAGCAUGACCCUGAUGGUAGGGACGUUGAGCUCUUUCGCCGGCGCUUCUACUCCGGGGGAAAGGGCCCCGCGAUGAAAGGUUCCCAAGGCGCAGAGAUGGCUGAUGGGCUUGUCAUCAAAGAAGAGGACUACAAGCUGGUGAAAACAAGGUUCAGCUCUUUCUUUGCCACAAACCUGGAUUCUGUCCUCAAAACUUCAGGGAUCAAGAACCUGGUUGUUGUUGGGGUUCAAACACCAAAUUGUGUCCGGCAGACUGUCUUUGAUGCUGUCGCACUUGACUAUGAGAAAGUUACGGUUAUUGUGGAUGCAACAGCUGCUGCUAGCCCAGAAAUCCAAAUGGCAAACGUCAGAGACAUGAAGAACAUUGGGGUGGAGACACCAACCUUGGAAGACUGGAGUCGUCAGGCUUGAUUGUGCUUCAUGCUCAGCACCAACGAGACAUCGAUCAGACUCGACGUGUGGUUCUUCAGAAAAGAAGAAUAUGGUUGGUUUUACUUCGAUAUGAGUGUGUGUAAUUAUAUUUUACUGUCAUGUGCCACAUGUUAUAUGCAUGUGCAGAAACUUGUAAUAAUCCCUCAUGCACAGAGUUCGGAUCAGUUCACUGUACCAUGGUGAUGCUCUGUCUGAAACAGAGCAAAUCAAAUCGUGUGGCGCUAAUCAAAUUGUAGUAGAGUGCAGAUCCUGAUGCAGAUUGGAGCCGUUAUUAAGAAGUGUGUUUGGCAAACAAAAAAGAUAAAUAAAAUGAAAAACCAUAUGUCGCCUCA